AUGAAGAUGAUGUCAAUUGGGCAUUAUAUACUGGGCGGUUUAGCUGUAUGGCUACCAUUUUGUUGUGAGGCAUCCCCUGUGACAUUUGAAUUAUGGGCGGACAAGGAAGAGUGCUUUUAUGUAAUAAUACCAGAAAGUACAUGUACAAUAUCAUAUUACUUUGCGGUACAGCAUGACGAUAAGAAUAGUUUUGAGGUGAAUUACAAGGUCCUUGGGCCCAAUGAUCGUAAGACAGCGUUGGUGGAGAGGACUAGAAUUAAACAAGGAGAAUGGGAAUAUAAAGCAAAAGAUAGCGGUGAAUAUGCAUUCUGUUUUACUGGAUCUAGUAAAAGCAACAAGAUUAUUGAUAUAGAGAUUGACUAUUCAUGUGAGACUCAUGUUGGGAGUAUUCCUGACAAAAAUUCUAGACCUUUGAGGAAGGGUUCGGAGGACACAGACACGCUCUUCUUACAUGAGAAAUUAAAGGAUUCGCUUGACAAAAUAGAACGUCAGUUGAGUACGCUUCAACAAAAUAUGAAAUACUAUAAGGUAAGAAAUAGUCGAAGCCAUCAUACAGUGGAGUCGACUGCAAAAAGUGCUGACAUUUUUUCAUUAUACUGCAUAGGUAUUACUCUGUUAAUGGGAGUUUCCCAGCUAUUCAUCGUACGAUUACUAUUUAAAAAUACUAGAAUAUUGCCCGCCUAA